AUGAUCAGCUCUAGAAUACAGAAUGAAAUCAUAGUUGCGGUUGGAGAUGUGAUAGUAGGAAAAAUAGUAGAACGAAUCAAAAAAUGUAAAUUUUUUUCAAUAUUGGUAGAUGAAACCACAGAUAUAAGUACAAUUGAACAAAUGACUGUGUGUAUAAGAUACGUAGAUACAUCUUGCUGGAUUAUUAGAGAAGAUUUUGUAGGUUUUGUUGAAAUGAACUCAACAACAGGUUUAGCACUAAAAAAUUCAAUUUUAGAUAAGCUUAAAGAUAUUGGUUUAAGUAUAAAUAACCUCAGAGGUCAGGGAUAUGAUGGUGGUGCAAAUAUGUCUGGGAAAAAUAAUGGUGCUAAAGCUCUAAUUCAAAAUGACCAACCACUUGCAUUCUACACACAUUGUUUCAGCCAUUCAUUAAAUCUUUGUCUGUCUAAAGCUUGUAAUGUUCCAUCCAUUAAAAAUAUGUUGGGAAUCGUGUCUUGUGUUGCUACUUUUUUUAGUGCAUCUGCAAAAAGAGCUGAUAAACUAAAGUCAAUUAUUGAAGCAGGUACAACUAGUAAUUCUGAACAAAGUAAAAAAAUGAAAUUGAAGAAACUGUGUGAAACUUGGUGGGUGGAACGUCAUGAUGCACUGAUAACAUUUAAGAGUUUAUACUUAUACUUAGUUCAUGCACUUGAAGAUCUACAGAAUGAUACUAAUCCUGAAACUUCGUGUAAAGCCACAUUAUACUUAAAUUCUAUUAUGAAAAGUGAUUUUUUAGUAUCACUUGAAGUCACUGUUACUGGUUUUUCAUAUACAUUGCAACUUAGUAUAUCAUUGCAAAGUAAGCAGCAAGAUUUUUCAAAGGCAUUGUCUGAUAUAAUGGUGAUUCGAUGUGCAUUAGAGGAACUUCGAGAAAAUGCAGAUGUAAGCUUUAAAAAAUUUUUUAAAGAUAUCGUAGAAUGUGCAGCAAAAGUUGAUGUUGAAAUGAGUAUGCCACGAAUUUGUGGACGACAAACUCAUCGAGUCAACAUACAUGUAACAGAUCCAGAAACAUAUUUUAAAAUUUCAGUGUAUUUGCCAUUUCUUGAUUACAUAAUUCGAGCUUUGCAUACAUGA